CUUUGCCUUUAUUCCGGCCGUCCGUGUUCCCGCCGCUGUGUCAUCUCUCCUUCUUCUCCCUUCGGAGACUUCUCUCUGCGCCAUAAAGUAGAGGUUCUCAACCAGCGCAACUAUGUGAAGCUCCACUAACACACUCGAGAAUACCCUCUACGUUCCACCAUCUGUCGUUUCUAGGGAACGUGCCCCUGAUCGGUGUGGCGGUGGGGCAUAUUGAUUUAUUCUUCACAGUAACCCCUUCCACGCACAGAAACGUUCUUGCCUUCCCCCUCCCUGUGCAUGUACACGGUUGAUUCUAGGGUAUGCGCACGCACACAUAGUUCGAGGUUACCAGCGGGGUUGCGCGUCUCCCCCUCUCAGUUACUCGAGCAGCAAUCGUGACGAUCAAUACACUCUCGCUCCUUCCUCUUUCCGGAUGCUGUCGCCACCCCUGCAGAACAUAGUGCUAAAUCCCUGUGCAUGCAUCACUCGAUCAAAAUCAAUUAAAAUACGGUAUUUAUAAAGGCAGACGAAAUGCUCAGUUUAAAGAAAUCAAUAGGCCUUUGGUGACGACCCUUAUGCAGGUAGACAUCCUGUUGUAAGGAUCACAAAGAAAAAAAGGUUUAUUGUUCUGCGGACAGAGAGUUGACCGUUAUUCUUAAAAUGGAAGGAAAUGGUACCAGGAUGGAUUACGAAGAUAUGUUUCGAGAAAUCACAAAGAAACUUUAUGGCGAGGAUCCUGAUCAUAAAACGUCGAGCGUACAGAACGAGUUCGAAGCAUCCGUUUCUUAUAAAAACGACGAAGAUACUGGAAACGGUACCGAUGGUAGUGACGAUGGAAACUGGACGUACGAGGAUGAGCCAUUGAAAGGGACGGAUGGAAGCCGAAUCGCAGCUUAUCAUGCUGGAAAAGCUGUAUGGCGAUGUGAAGACUGUGGGGCAGACUACAUAACGAGUAGUUCGCGGGAAAUUGCCGAACAUUUUAUGGAAUAUCAUCCGUCAAGAAUCCUAGUUGAUAGCACUAGAAACAGACACCAUUCGCCACGCAAGGAUUAUUUGCAAACGGAUUUUAAAAUCGAAGAUGUGGUCUUGUAUUUAGAAAGACUGCGCGAACACGCCGAACGAGCGGCGCCUCCUUCCCGGAGAACCCAAGAAACGCAAACCGUACCUGCGGCUUUACUGCCGGUUACAUCGAGCUUCCUCCUGCAAGAACUGCCACCCGCCCCUGCACCCCUACAUUUGCAACAGAACACAACUACAAUGCCUACUCCUGCUGCUGCAUCUACGAGUGGUAAACGUUACAAUUGUCCAUUCUGUCCUUAUGGCACGGACAGACGAGACCUUUACACGCGACACGAGAACAUUCAUCGCGAAGAGAAACCAUUUAAUUGUUAUAUGUGUUAUAAACCGUUUAAUCGUGCGGAUCAUGUGAAAAAACAUUUCAUGAGAAUGCAUCGCGAUCACCCGUACGACGUAUCGAAGAUACGAAAACCGUUAGGAAUCAACACCCCUAAACCUCCAUUGCAACAGGAUUUGUCGGUCACGCCGGCUACUGUCAACGUGAGCAACCAACAGCAACCACAACAGCAACAUAUGAGCAAUCAGUUCGGUUUCGCUAACAACAAAGGUUAUCAGCUACAGCCCAACGUUGCUACAUCGAUUGCUAGUACCGGUACCACCGGUAUUCAUCAAGCGAUAAUCAUGCCUUCUCCGACGGGUCUUGUACAAUCCGACGCGAAUAAUUGUAACACAGGUAGACGCGUACAAAACGGUGGCUGCAACAGUAAGAGUCAUCUUAAAGGUGGCUCCAAGAGUACACAGGAACGCCGGUAUUCCUGCGGGUUCUGCCCCUGGACUGGUGUUGAUAAUUGGUGUCUAAAGCGACAUUUAAAUACCCACACGAAACCCUACGCUUGCAGCUUGUGUGAGUACAAAGCUGCACGUUCUGAGCGACUUACAACACAUGUUCUGAAAGUGCACAAUAGGAGACAAUGUUCGAGAUGUUCAUUUCUCGGCGAAGAUACAGAGCAAUUGCAAAUGCAUCAAGUGCACGCUCAUCGCGCAAGUAUGCCAUCGACAACGACGACUCAGAACGCAUCACCCCCUAGCAAUCGUCACCAACAACCACUGCAUCCUGUGGGAGGAGGGCGGCCGCCACCUGGGCCACCAGUUUUUCCAGCACCAGCAGCUCCAACAAUUGCACCUGCCACCCCUGUGAUACCACCGAGCACUUUACUUGGUUACCAGAUACCGUCACCGUCAGUAGUGCCACGUUCGAAUGAAACUUUGGAAAAUUCUUUGUCGUCACAAAUAUCCGAGAGUAGGCCGAACGAAAAGGAGAAUCAGAAGAUUAGACGAGCCCGGAAACAGAGUCAGCCAAGACCAGUUAGACAAGCCAAAAAUGUUCAAGCAGACGUUAGUUCAUCAAACUCGCAACAUGUAAGGACAACAAAUUUUGAAAUUUACAAAAUUAUCCAAUCUCGAAUAAGAUCGGCAUCCAAAAAACUUUUAAAAUGUUACUUGUGCCCGAAAUAUGCGCCAGCACGUGGGAAAACUCAUCGGCCAUAUCACACCAGAGCCUCACUGACACUCCAUGUGUUAUGGAGACAUAAACGAGGAUCUUGGCCGGCCAAGAGUCGCGCUAUAAGAAAUAAUUUAGUAUCGGCACUUUCUUCAGUUACGCUUAAAGCAACCUUUUUCACUAAUUCAAAUUUUAAAUAUGACAGAUAGUAUAACAGGAGAUUUGUUAUACUACGUCAAUGAAAAUGGUCAAGAUGGCAAAUUAUAAUUAUUAACUAAUUAUAAGUCUUUAUCACAUAUAAUUAAAUUUAAAUCGUAAUUUUUCAGAAAACUUGACCAAUACUUUAUGUUACUUUAUUUAACGCACAGAUUUUGAAUUUUUAUAUAUUUCUAAUAAUUUUCUGACAAUUUUUGUCUUUAGGAAAAGUUAAAAUAAAAAUUUCUACUUUACGUAGAUCUCUUUCUUAAUGUAAAAACAUUUUAAUUUAUUAAAUGAAGAUAUAAAUUUCAUACUUGCACAACCUAUAUUUAUGACGUAAUAGGUUUUUCGAAGGGGACAAUUGUAAUAUAAAUUCUAUAUUCUCGCGUUAAGAUAAUCUGAAACGAACCAGUAAAGUAAAAAAAAAGUGUACGACAUCUGUUUCAUUUUCAAAACUUUACCAAGAAUCAUCAAAUCGCUGUGAACGGUAGAUAUUUCCUAAGAAAGAUGCUCUGAAAGAUAUCAUAUUUCUUUCAUCACGUAUAAAUUCAAUAAUAAUUUUUUAAAUAAAAUACUCUCGUUAAUUCUGAGAGACAGAGGUCGUACACGUAAUCGAAGCGCAGAAAGUACAUCAUAAUGUACAUAUGUUUUUUUAACAAUAGUCUUAACUUCUUCAAUAUUAGAUAAGACAUUUAGAUCAAUUAUAAGUGUUAUGUAAAUAAUUUUUUUGCAAACAGCAUGUACAUUCUGUGUGAAAUUAAAAGAAUGCAUAAUUACUCUUAUGUUACAUAAA